CCUUCAUUGCGAGGCAGCGCAGCAGAGGACCGUGAGCCUAGCUGACUUCUGUGUGUGACGGAAUUCUUUUUUUCGCAGCUAGCAAAAGAAAAGAGAUUUCCUGUGUCGAGUUAUUUUGUGCAAAAGGUCCUUCUCCGAAACAACUCUGGAACGAAGGAUACCAAACCGGUGGCGUCGCUGAACGUUCUAUUCCUUUGUGUAAUUUGUGGAUCAAUCGAGAAGCGAGGGGUUGCUGUUGUUUUGUUGGAAUUUGGAAUCAAGAAUUUCGCCAGAGUUGCGAUUAGGCGAUUGUUUAUUGUAAGAAAGCAAUAGAGGAGCCCGUUUGCUUCACCAACUAGAAAUACAUCGGAGCGAAGAGAGUGUCUUAUUGGUGUUUCAUACGUAUGCCGUGGUUCUAGUCACUAGGGCCCAGUGGAUUGGCGACAGAGCGCACGGGAUCACGGGAGAAUAAAACCAUUGGCAGCGGGGGUGCAUAACCUCUCGACGAUGGAAUCCCCUGUUAAAAUUGAGGCUGACGAUUCCUCGUCCGUAUCAACAACCCCAGAUGAAUCCUCAGUGGUGGUGGGGCCAAGCAAGCAGGAAAUGUGCGAAUACCACAAAUCCGGCACUUGCAACAGAUCAAACUGUUCUUACAUUCAUUUGUCCUCGGAGAAAGCAGACCAGCAAACAGCAGAGCCGAAGCAAGUAAGUGGUAACACCACCCCAGGAACGAGCAGCUUUACGAUCGAUCCUCUCAAGUGGAUAAAUGCACCGAUAUUCGUACCGAGGUCCAAACAGUCUCAGCCUGUUGUCGCUGAGCUAAGUGAUAAUAGGAUGAUGGAUAAGGUAGAGAAUGUGAAUCCAGAGAAGACUGUGACGGAGACAAAAGAAGAAAAUGAUCCGUCUGUUGAGUCCUCUGAAGCUGUCUUAUCAUAUGCGGAGAUUGUAACCCUUAACAGUAAUCACAAUGGUUCCGGAAUUGUUGACCAGCGAGCGCCCGAUUGUCCAUUGUUGUGUCCAUAUUACGAAGUUAGUGGAGUUUGCAUGGUGGAAGUCUGUCCUUACGAGCAUGGUGAAUUGUGCGAGUUCUGUGGUAAGUUUUGUCUCAAUCCAGCCGACAUGGAACAACAGAGGCUGCACAAUGCCGAGUGUAUCAAACAACACGAACGCGAUAUGGAGCAUUCGUUUGCCAUCCAGCGAUCCAAAGAUAAAGUGUGUGGCAUCUGUUUAGAGGUGAUAAUGGAGAAACCCGGGAGGUUACCGCGGUUCGGUAUUCUGCCCAACUGUAAUCACAUUUUCUGUCUCGAGUGCAUCCGGACGUGGCGGCAGGCGAAGAAUUUCGAGAAUAAGAUCAAAAGGGGCUGCCCAACGUGCCGUAUAUCGUCCGAUUUCGUUUGUCCGAGUAUUAUCUGGGUGGAAGACGUCCACGACAAAGAGAAGCUUAUUGAUGAUUACAAAAAGGCGUGUAACACGACUCACUGCAAGCACUUCAAACAGGGUUCAGGGAAGUGUCCCUUCGGCAAUAAGUGUUUCUACAAACAUGCGUUACCCAGCGGCGAACUGGUGGACGUCGGCGGACCAUCUCGGCCGAGGGGCGAAGGGCGUCCCAGGAUAACCCAUCUGCAGGAUUUUUUCCGAGAAGUAUUGCACCAGCGGGGACGCAUGCUGGACGAUUUCGUGUCGAUGUUCUUCUCGGAAAGCGACGAUUCAGAGCAUUCAGAAAAUUACGACUAUUACGAUAUUUAGUUGAUUAACUCCGCCUCAUAGCAAACGCACCAUUGCAGCAGUUUGUGUCAGUAACAGCAGCAGCAGCAGCAGCAGCGGCAGCCACAAUUGAGCCAACUGUGCCAAUAUCAUCGAUUCGUUUCGAACUGCAAUAGCGACAUCAAUUACUACUAUUACUACCGAAACUACAACACCACCAUAGCAGCAGAAACAAUGCUUUUUUUUCGUCUAUUUGGUCCAUGUUAAAAAUGGAACUACUCUUGCAGGAGGAGAGUAGAGCAAGUUUCCCUCGUUUUCGUUAGGUAGUGCCUGGCGGCGUGCGUACGGACAAAAGGGAACAGGCGUCAUCAAUGUUUGUGGGAUUUUCGUUCACAACUUAGCAGUCUUUUUGAUAUCAUCUUUCAGUGCCGUAAGUCCAUAUGUGUCCAAGUCGUUUAUUUCUCAUUCAACGAAUAGGAAUUUGAUGUACAAUAGUUUUAGUGUAGAAAAAAUAGAACUAAUUUUGCGUUAAGGUCAAAAGUGCCCGCACCCCCACCUAGAAAACAAGUUAUCGAUAAAAGUUUAGUUCAAUUUACGUUUAGUCGAAAAGUACACAUAGAUAACACUUUCGCUGUACCUGUACACACUGUUUACCUCAAACACACAAACAAAUCUCGCAGCGAACCUUGAUUCAGUCCCCCGCAUGAUUCGGUUGGGAUGAGCCUUAGGUUUUUGUUUUAUCUUGUGAGACACUAAUUAAAUUCACAGUGCAAGAAGACACACGCCGCCAGCUCGUUCACAUUAUUCGUAUGCUACUGUUUACUAUAAUACAGAGAGAAAAAAAAUCCGAGCAAAACAAAUAACAUGAAUUUCUAUAUUAGGAAUGACUGAGUAACUAACCAUUGUAAACAAAAAUGUUGUCGAUCGCUCGGAGGCGAGGUAAGGAAAAAACAAGUAACACAUACUAAACAACAACAAAAUAAACCCGGACGACAUGCAAGCAAGUCAUUGUAGGUUUGUAAUAGUUUGAGCCACCGGCAUGAGAUUUGAGGAAAGAAUUAGCUGGAAGUGAUCGGAGUGAGUUAUCACUAUUCGAGGCAAACUUGUAACUCAAAAUUUAAUUAUAGGCCCCCGAGGGAGAGGUAAUUAUGUACUGUUGUCACGGAUGCGCAGUUUUUUGUUUCGAAUAUUAUUGUAGCGGUAUGUGCCAACUGUUUUGGCGUUAAUGUAUAUUACACCUUGGAAAAAAUGCUUAUUGUGGAUAAUACAUAAUUAGAGGUGAUAUCAAUAUAACACACAUUUUGUUUGUACAACGAUCGUGAUCAUGCUU